UUUUCAAAAACAAAAAUAAAUAACCAAAUGGUUACCAAAUGGGGCCUAAAUGGUUAUCAAAUAGGUCUUCAAUUUUCUUUAUUCCGGUUCAUCAUUCUAUAUUUUUAAAAUAAAAAUUAUAGGCUCUAUGGAUAUUGUUUGUCUAUUUUAUUUUUGAUUUUUUAUUGACGUUUUCAAUCUCAUAUUUUAAACAUUGUUCUUAAGCUUGAAGACUCUGAGAUUCUAUGUCUAUUUUAAAGAAUUUAUACUGUACAAUUAUUAGUUUUCUCCUGGCGACUUUUUGUUUAGGCCUCUUGGUUGCAUCUUGCCAAGCAAUCACGAGACUUGCCACCUCAAAAUGCAUUUUGUAAUUUCAAAAUACAAUUUAUAGGUAAUAAAUUGAAAGGGCGAAGUCCUCUGGAUUCAGCCAAGUAAUCAUGGAUUCAAAACUCCGCCGAGCUGCUUAUUUGGGGAAUCUUGUACCUUCAAAUUUUUAGUGUACAAAUAUUAGAAAUUAAUUGGUUAAAUUCUAAUGUGUGGCUUUAAAGAAUUUUUCUUAAAAAUGUUGGUUGCAAUACAAGAGACUAAAGGGAAGAGUUUGAUAUAUUUUUCAUCAAGUCUUUGUGGAGCUCAAAGAACGGGUGGUCUUUUGUGGAAUGAUUGAAGAUUCGUUCUAUUCCUUUUACUCUUACCCUCAUCAAUCUCUUAUUUUAGAUGGUAUCAUUGCGAAGUUUUCAUGUGCCAACGUUUGGUACUUGAAGGGAUUACUUUCUACCAUUUCUCUAUUUGCCUUACUCUUGGAAAUGAAGAAUAGGGGCCGAUCCUGUUCAAAUUCAUCAAUGGUUGGAGCAAUCACCCUAGCUGGAAAUUGGGUUGAGGAAUUUAUGGAGAGUUAUAUUUAACAUACAGAAGAAACAAAUUUGAUUAAAAAAUGUAAGCUUAAUUGGUUGGAGUUAGGAGGAGUUGCUUAUUGUGCAGAAAAGCUUCUCUUAAUGGAAGUCAAAAGUUGUAAGAUAAAUGAAGUACAUUUUUGUGCUUAUCUCCAAGAUGGAAAGUUUUACGUAGAAGACGUGGACGUUAAGAAACAUCUACUUUUAUCAGAAUCGCAACUCUUUUGGUUCGUGGAGAAUAUCUCUGAACUGAUUCAGUCCCCAAUCUCAAGCUUCUUUGUUAAAAGUGGAAAAGAUGAAUUCGGUGUUACAAGGUUAUCCAAGAUCUGCAAAUCCUCGAGUUGGCUAAUGAGAUGUGUAGUAUGGCCUGCAUCUGGAGGAAGAUUUUUCAUCCACGUCCCAUUAGGUAAUUCAACUUCAGGUUGGCAUUCCUUCGCCAACAUGUUAAGUGACUCUAUGAAACUACUCAAAGAAGAUUGUUCGUCGCAGAAGCAUUCGAAGUCAAUAGCUUGGGCACUCAAGUCGAUUCAAGAUGUUAGCUAUGCUGAUAUGUUAAGAGGAAGAAAGACUUCAGAAGACUCUGUUCUACUACCAAUAAAACUAAGAAAACCCACAAGAAAUAGAGCUCCUUUGCUCAGGACAUUGAAAAAUAGAACAAGACAGGCUUUUGGAUUCAAAAAAAUCAAGAAGUCUUCAAGGAAGAAUCUCUGUGGUUUUAUACCUGCAACAUUAGAAAUCUCAGAUGAAAACAGAGGAAGCAUCUUUCUACACUAUGGAUGAAGCAGCAGUAAACUCUUCAAAUAUCUCAAAAAACCCCCUAAUUCCCAGUUUUAAGAAGAGACAAAGUGAUGUUCAAGUCUUUUGCUCGCCGGAAGGAAAGGUUGGCCAACCUCAAAGUGAUAUUCAAGUCCGUUGCUCGCUGGAAGGGAAGGCUGGCCAACCUCAAUCCGAUGGACUGCAAACCGAAAAUCCCAACCGGUUAAAUGUGAACACAACCAACAAUUUAAUAAGGAGAGAGAAUGUUGAGAUUUUAAAACUACACAGAGGCAGUCGAAUAGCCACAUCUUCGGAAAGCGCAAAAGUUGUUUUUAAAAAUAAUUUAAACUUUGCUUUUAUUUCGAUGGAAUGCCAACAGACCAAACUAGCCGAAAUAGACUCUCCAAUCAUUAAAGAUAAGGCAGCAGGGGUCUCGACAGUAGCAUCCUCAUCAACAUCAGGCCGUUCGAAUUCUGAACCACUCAAAAAGCUUCCUUUUGACUUCCCAACUCUCAAGUCAUCGGGACCUACAAUGCCAGAAGUGUUGAUUUCUAAAGAAGCCCAAGGGUCCCUUUCAGCAAUUCCUCACCACGAUUCUGGCUCACCAUUAGUAGAAGGCCUCCCAUGUUUCAAUAUUAGUAUUUCACCAAAUUUUGAUCGAGCAUCAAAACUCACAAGCAAACCUCACCUACCAAGACCUUAUCAAAAGCACUUCAUAAGAAAGAAGACUUCCUUCCGAAAUAUCUGGACAACCAUGAUGAACGCAGACCUGCUUGAGGAUUGCUGCAUCAAAGUUCAAAUUCCUAUUUGCUCUACCACCAGUCGAAGAGUUUGAUACUGAGGAGCCAGAACAAGAGCUACCGUCCUGCAUUUUUCAGAAAGGAGGAUUUGGAGAAUUCUCUACAAAGAGCAUCUCGUGAACAAAAUCAAAUUAAUCCUGCCUUCCGACCGGGGGAU